ACGUUCAGGCAAUGAAUGAAUGAAUGAAUGAAGUUAUCUGUUACUUUUUACGGCCGCUGAACUCUGUCGUUUAAGGAGCUUUACUUUUAUUUGUUUCACAUCUGAAAGAGAAGAGCGACGGGCCUGCCAUGAAUUUUGUAGAAUAUUCCGAUGUAAUCCGAGACGGAGACGUUGUCAUCGUUUACCUGGGCCACAACUCGUUGAUGCCCGUCAAAGUGCAGCACGGCGCUCAGACGCAGACCCGCUACGGAGCCAUCUGGCACUCCUCGGACUUCAUUGGCCGGCGGUACGGGUCAAAGGUUACCUGCAGCAAAGGCGGGUGGGUGCUGGUGCUGCACCCCACACCAGAACUUUGGACAGCGGCGCUGCCUCACCGCACCCAGAUUCUCUACACCACGGACAUCUCCAUCAUCACCAUGAUGCUGGAGCUGAAGCCCGGCUCGGUGGUCUGCGAGUCAGGUACCGGCAGCGGCUCCCUGUCCCACGCCAUCCUGCGCACCAUCGCCCCGUCGGGUCACCUGCACACGGUGGAGUUUCACGAGCAGCGGGCCCAGAAGGUGGCCGAGGAGUUCCAGGAGCACCGGGUGGAUCACCUGGUCACCGUCAGGAACCAGGACGUGUGCAAGGACGGCUUCGGAGUGAGUGGGGUGGCCGACGCCGUCUUCCUGGACAUCCCCAGCCCCUGGGAGGCGGUGGGGCACGCCAAGGCUGCUCUGAAGAGGCACGGAGGUCGGCUCUGCUCCUUCUCGCCGUGCAUCGAGCAGGUCCAGAGGACGUGCGAGGCGCUGGUGGACCACGGCUUCCAGGAGGUCAGCUCCCUGGAGGUUCUGCUGAGGGUCCACGAUGUCAGAACCGUCUCCCUGCCUCUGCCGGACUUCGGCCCGGACCCGGCCGCUCCCGCUGAGCCCGGCGCCACGGAAGAGGCCCCUCCCACUACCGUUUCAAGCCACGCCUCCAUCAGCCUGAAGACGACCACGCCUCCCAGAGAGAUGCCGGGUCACACAGGUUACCUGACCUUCGCUACCAARCCCAGAACCUGAAGGUGGAACGGGUUCUUCUGAACAGAACCCAGGUUCUGUGGACCGGUACCAGUCUGCUGCUUGCAUCAAGCACAGCAAAAUCUGCAGUUUGUAAAAAUUAUUAAAUAUUUUUAUUUCAUGAAAAAUAACUUUACUGCCCUCGUUUCUGGGAUUUUUACUUUGUUGUUUUUGU